AUGCAGAGAUUAUUUGGCUACAACCAGUCCAAAGCGCCAAAACCGGGAUUAAAUGAUGCGAUAAAGAGUACGGAAUCCAGGUCUGGCUCAAUCGAAGCAAAAGUGAAGAAGUGCGAUCAAGAAUUAGCCCAGUUUAAGCAGCAAAUGAAUAGACUUCGAGAUGGCCCUGGCAAGCGAGCGGUGCAGCAGCGUGCCAUGCGAGCACUCCAACAGAGGAAAGUAUACGAGGGACAGCUCGCACAACUCCAGCAACAAACAUUCAACAUGGAGCAGGCUCAAAUGACUACUGAGAAUCUCUCUAAUACAAUGGCCACAGUCGACGCUAUGCAGACAGCCAAUAAGCAGAUGAAGAAGCAGUACGGCAAGAUAGACAUCGAUAAGAUCGACACCAUCCAAGAUGAUAUGCAAGAUCUCAUCGAAUCUGCUACUGAGGUUCAAGAGACCCUGGGUAGAUCGUACGGCGUUCCUGAAGAGAUUGACGAAGCUGACCUUGAGGCUGAAUUGGAUGCUUUGGGCGAUGAUCUCAAUGAAAUCGAUGAGACCCCUUCGUAUUUGCAGAAUCCAGAUAGCAAUCCACCUGACACCAUUUCAGAUAUGCUCGAAACACCACAACAGCCACAAGCUUCUGCUACGCCAGCUCAAGCACAAAGUAAUACGUCGCGCGGUGAAUCGGCCGUUAUCUAG